AUGUCUUUCCACGUCAGCUCCUCCGACAUCCACAUCACCCACGAGAAUGGCAGCACCAUGCUCCUCUGCCAGGUCCGUGACACGCACGGCAAGAUGAACCCUCGUCGUAUCCGUCUCGACGACCACAUUGGAAACACCGACGGAUGGUUCAUCUGGGGCGGCGUCAACUUCACCCAGAGCGCCGAGAACAUCGCCCUCGAGCACACUGAUCGUGGUCCGAAGCUGACUGCCGAGCUGCACAAGAGAGACGGUGGUUUCCGGGAGCGUCAGGGAUUGUUCCUUGCGGAUAAGAUUUCGAACCAGGAUGGUCAUUUGAAAUUUACGGGUCCUUGA